GCCGCUGCGGCCCGGGCAGCCUCCGCCGCGCUCGCCGCUUCUGAUGCGCCUGCCCGCUCCCGGCCCCGCGGCUCCGGGACGAUGUGGGUCCUCGGCAUCGCGGCAACUUUCUGCGGACUGUUCUUGCUUCAAGGCUUUGCGUUGCAAAUCCAGUGCUACCAGUGUGAAGAAUUCCAACUGAAUAAUGACUGCUCCUCCCCCGAGUUCAUCGUGAAUUGCACGGUGAACGUUCAAGACAUGUGUCAGAAAGAAGUGAUGGAGCAAAGCGCAGCAGAAGAAGCAUCCAGGGCUGACCUCCCAUCUCCAGACAUGAAACGUGUGAAGAUGGAUCCAGCUUCUCCCAUAACACUAAUUCCUCCCACUGCGAUUUCAUGAAAGCUUCCAUCAUUGA